GUGAUGUGAAAGAUGAAAAUGGUGAUAAUCUAUUAGUAUUGGCUGCUAGAGAAAAACAAUCUGCUACAGUUGACUGGAUAUUAGAGACAAUUCCUGAAGCUAGUACUAGAGAUUGUAUAGAAGCUGCUAUGAAACUCUCAGAUAGAAAAGAAAGAAGUAAACUUGCUAAAUGGAAAGGGUCUGAAGGAGCGAGUAGACGACGACUAGUUCAAGAAAAUUUAGAACUUAGGAGACAGUUAAAAACAGAAACUGAACCCACAAAAGAAACGAACUAUGAAAGUGCAUCUGAUUAA